AUGUCCCAUUACUUUGAGUCUGUUCCCCGGGUCAGUCCUUCGUCUUCGGUUCGCUCUGCUUCUUCUGGUUCUCCAGGUUCUGGUUCGGUUUCCGUUUCUAACCUGGAGGAUCCGUUUGUGGACGACACCGCUGACCCUGCUCUGGCUUCGCCCAUCCCUCCUAUGGUUUCGCCCAUUCGACCUCCUCCUGACUUUGAACAGUUGAUGGCCUUUGCCGACCGGCAAAUCAACCUGGCCCGCGCUUACACCGCUAAGCAUCGACCUGCCCCCGUCGCUGUUCCUGCUCCCAGGACCCCGGAACCAAGAACUCCAGAGCCUAGGACACCAGAGCCCUGGACGGCCUCUCCUAUGACUUCCUCGCCUUCGGUGAUUGCCCCCGUUGAGGAGUCUGGCUCGCUGUUCCGUGAUCCGGUUGACCCGCCCUGUACGCCUCCGCCUCGUACUCCUCCUCCUCGUGAGAUGGAUACCCUCGACCGCAGCGUUGAACGGCAAAGGCUCCGGGCCCGCGAGCUCGGCGCAGAGGCCAAGGCGAAGUUUGCGCAGAUCCGGUCUCUCCUGGCGGAUUGGCCUGCGCCCCAGAGGCGGUACGCGCCCUCUUACGACUACAGCACGGACUCGCCUACGCCGCACACCAUCUCCAACUGGGACUCGACCUUGGAAGAGGAUCGGGUUUCGGAAUACUCCUGGACCAAGGGCGCCUUCCCUGUCGCCUCUCCUGAGCUCCCUGGAGCUCUGGCAGAGUGGGAUUCGCCGGCCGCCUCGCCUGUGUAUUCUGCAUCCCCUGUCGCUUCCUCUUCUGGUUCCGUUGGCUCGUCUGGUUCAGUUGGCUCGUCUGGUUCCGUUGGCUCGUCUGGCACCGCUGGCUCCUCUGGUUCCCGUGGAUCAUCUGGAUCAUCUAGUUCUUCCGGCUCUCAUGAUAUCUCUGGUUCCACUGGCUCCUCUGGGUCUGGUGGCUCCUCUGGGUACUUUGCGUCUCCCGGAUCUACCGAAUCUUUCGGUACUUCCAGCUUUCUUGGGUCCCCUGGUUCUUCUGGUUCUGCCGAGGAAUCUGGAUCAAUCUCUUCCUUGCUGGAGCUUUAUGGUCCUCGUUCGCCUGUGCCUGCGCCUGUUCCUGUGCCCGUUCCUGCGCCCGAGCCUGAGUUUGACCUGGUCACGUCCACGAUCACGACCCAGCCCAAGGGCAUGAAGGCGGUCACCCUCAAGAUCACCCGCCGCGUUCCUCGGGUUAGGCCUUAG